AUGGCUUUCUUGCGAUGGGGAGGGCUUCUGUCUUUGUUCUUCCAGGCGGCUGCAUGGCCGGAGUCCCUGACCUGCGACUUCUCCUGCAUGGGCGGCUACACACCUGGAAGCGCCUUCGGGCCGAUGGGUAUCGCAAACAUAGGGGCUACGUCGGGCGACACCUGCAAGAUUGCCACAGAUGUGCCGAGCGGAGGCUACACCGCUGGAGAGUCGUACAUGGUGACAGUCACCUCGACCACUGCACUGGGACAGAAGCUAGUGUCCAAUGGUGGAACUUUCAGCAACGGCAUGGUCUCCAACGCUGCGGCGAAGACCACGAGCACGCAACAUGCGUGGACGGCACCAACCUCUGGUGAUGUCACAUUCCGUGCUCUAUGCGGUGCCGGUGGCAGCGUCGAUGAGAUGUGGUACGCUGAAGAGAUGAUGGUCUCUGCCAUGGUCUUGAACACGACGACGACAACAACGGAUCCAAAUGCCACUACUACGACAACCGAAGCUACGACGACCACGACUACGACGACCACGGAGGCGGCCACUACGUCGACAGCUGCGAUUCUUUGCGGAGCACCGGCUCUGAUCUUAGCAGCAAUCUUUCAGCUGUGGUGA